CCUUCAUCUGAUUUUUUUCUCCUAUGCAAAUACAGAAGAAACAGGUUCAUGAAACGUAUCAAAGGGUUGCAUGUAGAUUCUUUACCUGACUUGUGACCUUAACUCACACAAAGAUUCUUGUUUGAAGAAACUCAAUCUUAAUGUUGUGUAUAUAUCAAACGACAUAGUGCUAAAGAAGUUUGUUCAGAGAGAUCAACAAGAAGACAAUUUCUGUUGAAAGAGAAGACUGAAUAAAGACUUUAAAAAAUGGGUGUCAUCAUUGUGAUUGCAAAACGUUUUGAUGCUCUAAUUGGGCCUGGAGUUAUGCUUCUCUAUCCUCUGUAUGCAUCGUUACGAGCAAUUGAGAGUCCAACGAUGUUGGAUGAUCAGCAAUGGCUUACAUAUUGGAUCAUUUACUCCUUCAUGACAAUAUUUGAGCUAUCCGUUUGGAGAAUCCUUGUCUGGUUACCAUUUUGGCCAUACUUGAAGCUUUUGUUCUGUAUGUGGUUGGUAUUACCAAUGUUCAGUGGUGCGGCUUACAUUUACUCAAAUUUUGUGAGAAAAUACGUUCAAAUCGGAAUGAAUGUUGGAGGAGGAACGAAUUAUACAGAUGAACAAAGAAGAGUUUUACAGAUGAUGAGUCUUGAUGCUAGGAAAUCUGUUCAAGAUUAUGUUGACCGGUUUGGAUGGGAUUCGGUUGAGAAAGCAAUCAAAGCGGCUGAAAGAGAAACAAAGAAACAUUGAGAUGGAAAUUUAAGAAUCAAGAAACAUUACUCUUCGUUUUCUUGUUUUCGAAAGUGUUUUUAUAUAUAUGUGUAUAAAUUGUAUAGAGCAAAAGUAAAUACGAUUGAA